ACGAAGUCGAAAUUUCUGCCAGGCCUCAUUUUGAUUUUUGAUUUUCAAAAUAAUCUAAAAUGUUUUUAUACAUUUUAUUUUUUACUUAGUAUGUAAAAUUUUUACAGUAAUUGUAGAUAACAUGUCAACGAUUAUUAAAUUUGACUUGAAAGAACUGAAAGCAUUAGCGAAUGAUAAAGACUCGUGUGUUAUUGAAAAAAGAGUAAAUCAAAAUAUCGCAUUACAGCCAUGGUGUCUUGGAAAUCUGAAAGAAUCAGUUAAGAAUUUGUUAGAUUAUAAAAUAGGAAAGUUUGACAAGGAGUUCAAUGGAAUUUUAUUGAGCUACAAAAACCUUCGCAUUUUACAAAACGUAGGAUCUAUAAGAAACGAUAGCUCAGAUAUACACUUUCAAGUACAAGCAGAUUAUUUUAUUUUUCGGCCAUAUGUAGGGGCUACAUUGAAAGGCGUUGUUAACAAGAAAUAUCUAACACAUUUGGGAGUAUUAGUGCACAGGGUGUUUAAUGUUGUUAUACCAAGGCCAACGGAAGAGUCAGAUACUGAGUGGGAAGGUACCAACAUUGAAGAAGGACAGACAGUUCUUUUUGAAAUAGCAGCUUUAGAUCUCUAUGGUGCCUUACCAUACAUUAGAGGAAGUCUAGAAAAAAGGUGGUCAGAGCUAGUUGAAGAUGACGAAGAUCCUGGUGAUUCGAUGAAACCUUUGAAACUGCUAGAUGUCUCAUAUGUAGAUUUCGAUAAAACAAAGCCAGUCCAACGACAAAUGGGUGAUGGGCUACCAGGCUCGUCAAAUAAAAAAUUAAAUAGUUCUAUUAAAGGUGUUAAUUCUACCACGAAUGGCAUUAACAGUGCUACACCAAUAAAAAGUAAAGCAAAAAAACCAAAUGCACUUGUAGAUACAGAAUUAAGACAUUCAGAAACAAUUUCAAGGCUACCUAAAAAACACAAAAAGUUGGAUGUUGUGUAAAGUAUUUGAAAAUAAAGCCUUGAAUAUUGUUGUAUGAAGACAGCAACAAAAUUUUAGGGUAAAAAUAAUUAAUUAUUAAAUUUGUAUAUGUUUACAGUA